AACCCUACAUAUAAAAAUACCAAUAACUUUCCUACCCACCAAAUAAAACUUACAUAUACAUUUCCUCAUUUAACUUCUUCUCUCUCCUCUGAUUUUAACCCUCAUUUCAUUUUUUUUACCCUAUUUUUCUCCCACACUUGAUCAUCAUCUUCAUCAAAAAUGGCCAUCACUAAAGGCGGUUCAAGAUCAAAAAUGGAGAAAAAAGAAAUUUACUCUGCAAAACUCAGAAGACUCAUUGAUGAUUACUCAAAAGUUCUUAUUGUUUUAGCUGAUAAUGUAGGCUCAAAUCAACUCCAGCAAAUUCGUCAAGGUUUAAGAGGUGAUUCCAUCGUUUUAAUGGGUAAAAAUACUUUAAUGAAAAGAGCAUUAAAAACCCACAUGGAUGAAACUGGGAACAAAGCUAUCAAACCUUUGAUGAACCUUCUUGUGGGCAACGUUGGUUUGAUCUUUACUAAGGGUGAUUUGAAAGAAGUUAGCGAAGAACUUGGCAAAUAUAAGGUUGGUGCUCCAGCUCGUGUUGGCCUUGUUGCUCCUAUUGAUGUUGUCAUUCCACCAGGCAACACUGGCCUUGAUCCCUCUCAAACUUCCUUCUUUCAGGCUUUGAACAUCCCAACCAAAAUUAACAAGGGUACAGUGGAAAUCAUCACCCCAGUUGAGAUCAUUAAGAAGGGUGACAAAGUUGGUUCAUCUGAGGCAAUGCUUCUAUCAAAGCUUGCCAUUAAACCAUUUUCUUAUGGUCUUGUUGUUCAGAAGGUAUUUGAAGAUGGAUCAGUUUAUGAUCCUGAAAUAUUGGACUUGACUGAAGAUGAUCUUGCCCUUAAGUUUGCUGCUGGAGUUGCUAAUGUUACUGCGCUUGCAUUGGCCAUCUCUUACCCUACCAUUGCUGCUGCUCCUCAUAUGUUCAUCAAUGCUUACAAGAAUGUGUUGGCUGUUUCUGUUGCCACUGAUUACACUUUCCCAGAAGCUGAGGAAAUCAAAGAAUACCUUAAGGACCCAAGCAAGUUUGCUGCUGCGGCACCCGCGGUUGGAUCUACUGGUGGUGCUGAUGCUUCAGCUAGUGUUGCAAAGGAGGAAGAGAAGAAGGAUGAACCAGAAGAAUCUGACGAUGACAACAUGUUUAGUUUGUUUGAUUAGGCUAAUAUAUUUACCAAUAUAAUUGCCACGCAGAUAGUUGACUACUUUUUAGGUGCUUGUCUGUUCUCAGGUAUUCCAACUUUUUAUUAUACUUUUACUCCUUGUCUAUGCUCAUGAGUCAUGAGAAUGCUUUUAUC